ACUCUCAACCACUGCGCCACCAGGGAAGCCCUGUGCGACUUUUUAAACACAUUUGUUGAUUAGGAUAUUUGAGCGGUUAGGGUGACAAGGACUGGUCAAGUAUGACUGAACUGCCUGGGAUUUAUAUUCGCAGGGUAUAAGGAACCUGAAUAGAAAUACCGGCACUGUACGGAGUGGUGUCUCUCCUGCGUCAUGUCCCAGCCCAUGACUUGGGCUCCCUGGGCCCUAGGAUUUCUACAAGCCUGUAUUUACAUAAGCCCCUUGUUAACGAGGCGGAGAGCGUUCGUAGGUUGACUUUUCAUUCCUUGCCAAAGUUUAACUCGCGUUCAUUCUGUCUUGCCUUUGUUUUUGUCUCAGCAUCUUUAGUCUUAAUCUCUCUCCUCCCCGCCUCCGUGCAGAUGUGCAAAAUACAAAAAAAGGAGGAAAAGAAAAGCGCCUUCUAACGUUCUUACCUUUGGAUCCCACUCCCGCGGGGCCUUUUUCAGGGCGUCCGCUGAGCGGAAGCAUCCGGUGCCUGGUGAUGGUGGCCCCGGGGCGGGGUAUUUUUUAUGAACUGGCAUCAUCAGGCGGUGUUGUCCUCUGCUCGCCCACCAGGAGAAAACUAUUUGGAGAUUAUGGAUGCUAAGCCCGAACCUGGACCCCUCGGUGAGAGUUCAGAACUUCUUUUCUCCUUCGGAGUUAUAGCAGAUAUUCAGUAUGCUGAUUUGGAAGAUGGCUAUAAUUUCCAAGGAAGCAGACGGAGAUACUACAGACACAGUCUUCUUCACUUACAGGGUGCUAUCGAACACUGGGAUAAAGAAAGCAGCCCACCCAGUUGUGUACUUCAGCUUGGAGACAUCAUCGAUGGAUAUAAUGCACAGUAUCAAGCAUCAGAAAAGUCACUAGAACUCAUCAUGAACACAUUCCAAAGGCUGAAAGUCCCAGUUCAUCACACGUGGGGAAAUCAUGAAUUCUAUAACUUCAGCAGAGACUACUUAACAAACUCCAAACUUAACACGAAGUUUCUGGAGGACCAGAUUGCCCAUCAUCCUGAGACUGUGCCUUCAGGGAAUUAUUAUGCUUAUCACUUCGUACCGUUCCCUAAAUUCCGGUUCAUUUUACUCGAUGCUUAUGACAUGAGUGUCUUGGGCGUGGAUCCGUCUUCUCCAAAAUACCAGCAGUGUCUGAAGAUACUGAGGGAGCACAACCCAAAUGCGGAACUGAAUAGUCCUCAAGGACUUGCUGAGCCCCAGUUUGUCCAGUUUAAUGGAGGAUUCAGCCAAGAACAGCUGAACUGGCUGAAUGAAGUUCUUACAUUCUCUGACAGAAACCAAGAAAAGGUGGUGAUUGUGAGCCCCAGACCAAAUCCCAGCCUCAGGAGACCUACCUGUGAGUGCAGUGACCUCUGCUGACAAGGUGAAGGCAAAGCUGGUGUCUCGGGAAGAGUGUGAGAGGCUCAUCUGGCAGGUCUGUAACUGUGUCCACCAUAUGAUUGCAAGGAAAUAAAAUGUGUUGUUUUCGUUUAGAAUUAUUUUUCACAGACAUACUGCCAUUAGAGGUUAUAGGAACCUGGAGGUGCUUAAAAUAGACGUGUGUGUAUGUGAGCAUGUGUGCGUGCGUGCACGCACACACACACAUGAAGAACUGAAUCUGGAUUUGCAGUAUGCCUGGUGUACUUGGUUUGGGGGCUGGGAUUAGUUCUCUCGGUUAACAUCGAUGUGGCCUGAUGGAUGAGAAGAUAGUACUGAGGGUCACAGGGGCCCUCCUGCUCAUGGCUCUUGUUUCUGUGACCUGUGUGACUCUGGACAGAUGUUGAAUGUGCAAACUGCAGUUUCUCAGGAUUGUAUCAAUGGACUUACGAACAUGAAAUCCCUUUGAAAAUGACAGGCUCUUCAGGUAGUUGGUAAUAGAAAAUUAUAUUUCAGGGAAUUCCUUGGCCGUCCAGUGAUUAGGACUUGGCGCUUUCACUGCCGAGGCCAGGGUUCGAUCCCUGCUGGGAGAAGUAAGAUCUGGCAAGCCACUCGGUGUGGCCAAAAGAAAACCAUUAUAUUUCUGCUAAUCAGUUUUUACUUACUUAUCUUUCACUGAUGUGGUAAAGAUAUGAGAUGGAGUAGGGGUAUUUCUAGAAUAUCAAAUGUCAUUCAAGGCUUAGAAAAUUAUAAGGUGCCAUCAGGGGUUAUAGGCAUGAUGUGACACUGUUUGGCUCUGUAAUAAGUGGUUUCCAAAAUGGGAUACUUCUUGUCUCUGCUUUUUAGUUUUCACUGCCAUAAUGUACCUGUUAUUGUAGAGAAUACUGGAGCUAAAAGGGACCUCAAGAUCAUAUAGUCAAACCUUUUAAUUUUAAAGAUAAGGAAACUGAACCCAAAGAGAUUUAACUACGUAGGUCAAGUCAUAGAGCUCCUGAGACUGGAGACCCCUUUCGUCGUCGUCUCCCUCCGUACCGUAUUCUUCCCGUUUCUUUGCACUUCUGUCAGUGCACCUGUCUGCGUUAGCAUCUCUUACGUUUCUUCCAUUUUGCUCUAAGCUCAGACACUGGAUGAACAACUGAGUGCCUCGGGUUUUCUUUAGCAAAGUUUAAAAUGGCUAAUAGACAUUUUCUUUUGUUUCUGUUUGCUUCUUCACUUUCAUUUUGGCUUCUCGGAAGUAUUUGGCCUACUCAAGUUUUGGCCAUGCAGUUGGAAGGAUAGAAUUGCUAUUAGCUGAGAUAUGGAACACUGCAGUAGGAGGGGUUUUGAGUGAAGAGUUCAGGAGUUCAGGUUUGAAAAUACAAAGUUGCAGAUGCCUAUUAGACAUCAGGAGAGAUGGUGAGUAAGCAGUAGGGACAUAUGAGUCAGAAAUUCAGAAUAGAAGUUUGGGUCAGAUAUAUAAAUGUGGAAGUUGAAAGAAUACAGAUAGUAUUUAAAACUGUAAAUUACUAAGAGAUCACCAAGCCAUUAGGUAUAGACGGAGUAGUGAAGCCUGAGGACCAAGCCUUCGGGCACUCCUGACAGGACACUAGGGAAGUGAGAAAGCAGCAGAGUGAGGAUCAGAAGCCGUUGAGGUUGGGAGAAAACUAGGGGGACAGCGGUGUUCUGGAAGCCAAGCAUUUCAAAGAGGAGGGAGCGACUAAUUGUGUCCGAUGAGUCCAGCAUGGCAUCUGGGUCUACAAAGUCACACAGCCUCCUGGGACUCUCAGCCCUUAUCACAGCUUGAAGAGUGGUUGUGUGUGUGUGUGUGUGUGUGUGUGUGUGUGUGUGUGUGUGUGUCUGCGCACGUGCGUGCACGCGUGCGCAUGUGUGCUCUGUUACCUCCCCUUUUUUUACUUUUAUUAUAAACUAAUAGAUAUUAAGCAGAAUAAAAUUUUCAGAAUAAAAUUUCAGGAUAAAAAUAAACAGUAAUAGAGAAAAAAGGAAAAUGAUUUAAUGGGAAGAAUCAAAGACCAGUGAGCUGUUGUACCUGUACGUUGGAGUGAAACCGUGGCCUGAUGUUGAUGUGGCCUCGUAGGUGCCUUGAGAUCAAGAAUUUGAAAUUCUCUUGGCUGUAUCUCCGGUGGAAGCUAGUGUGAAUGUUCCCUGCUUUAACUUAGUUUUCUCAUCUGUAAAAUGCCUAUGGCCACCUUGAUCUCAUGGAGGUAUUUCAAGUAGCAUAAGUCAGUUCUUUAUAAAACAUUGAGUGUUUAUAUAAAUGACAUAUAUAUAUAAAAUCCAUUGGCCCAUCCCUAAACUGUUCUUUUACUUGGGAGUAGCUCUUUCUGUGUGUGUAACACUCAUACUCUUAGGGAAGUCAGUGAGACUGGAUUCCAGUGCAGCAUCUACCUGAUCUCUGGCUGCCUUUACGGACCGCCCUGCCUGGGAUGCCCUCAGUCUCCCGUGGUGGUGUUUGUGCAUCUUGAGACUUUGUAGGCCAUAGAUCUCAGGCUUUCUGCGUAUACAGCAGCCUCUCUCCCCUUGGAUGCAAACUGUCUCGCCCUUCUUUAUGCUCCAGAAACGUGGCUCUAGAUUAUCUAGUUUUUCAUGUAUGUGGAUUCUCUCUGGUCUCGGUCCAUAUGAGUAGCAAUACACAUUUUCUUUAUCCUGAGUACUAGUUUUUAGCCUUUUUUUGGUGAAAGAGGUAUUUCUUAAUUGGCUCAUAACUCUUCUUCUCUUUAACUAACAGGCCAUCUUCCCAUUUAUCCCGAGGCCUCUGACAGUGUGUGCCUGGCCUGGAAUUACAGAGACGCCCUGGCAGUCAUUUGGUCUCACAAGUG